GCGCUGCCUCCCGAGCUGCAGGUGCAGUUGGCCGACGCCAUGUGUUGGCGCACACUCUACGGCCGACGAGACGUGGAGGAGGCCAUCUCCAAAGUCCACCGCGUCUCGUUCCACCAGCACAUCAACCUGUUGGGCGUGAUGGAGGCGGUGCCGGUGAGUUCGGGCUUCGCCCUGGGCAGCGCCAACUGGAUCCUGCGCACCGAUAACGAAAAGGUGAUCUACGUCGCCGACUCCUCUCUGUCGCCUGGCCGACACCCGCAGCCCCUCGACAACACCCUCUUCAGCAACUGCGACAUGAUGAUCAUGACGAGCCUCUCGCCCGAGCCGCAGUACCCGCCCGAGGCCAUGGUCCAGGAGCUCUGCAAUCUCGUCGGUGCUGCUGCCCUCUUUCCGGGCGGCAUCAUCUUCGACCUCAUCGAGGUCCUCCACUCCUACCUCCAGACCGCAGGCCACCCCAGGCACACGCCCCUCCCGGCGAUCGACGCCAUCAUACAAGCCCUGGCCGAGCGUGGGAUCAGAGACGUUCAUGUGGAGAACAAGCCGCAGAAGCGAGCGAUGGUGCUCACCGUCGACUCACUGUCGGCGUCGGUGCUGCUGAGUCCCACCAAGACCAAGAUCACCACCACCGACGAGCAGGCGCGCCAACUGCUCCUCGACAUCAUCACCUCGCGCACCCUUUCGCUUUUC